GCCGCAGCCGCUUGAUAGAGCACGUAGCAUGGCGAAGCUUAGCGGCGCCGGCGCCGUGGCACCAUCCCUCCUCCUCUGCUGCUGCUGCUGCGUGCUGAUCGCCGUCCUCGCCGGGCAGCCGGCGGCGGGCGACGACGCCUUCGAGCGGACCGUGUUCGAGAUGGUGAAUGUGGCCAUCAGGGGCAACGCCACCGUCCAGGGCGACCCCCGCGUCGGCCCCGCCCUCAUCCGCUUGCUGUUCCACGACUGCUGGGUGAAUGGCUGCGAUGGAUCCGUGCUCCUCGACAAGACGCCCGCCGACGGGGCGCGCACCGAGAAGACGGCGGCCAGGAGCAUCGGCCUCGGCGGCUUCGACCUGAUCGACGCGAUCAAGGCCCGGCUCGCCGCGGCCGGCGGCGGCGCCUCCUGUGCCGACAUCCUCGCCUUCGCGGCGCGCGACGCCGCGACCGUCCUCAGCGGCGGGAGGAUUCGCUACGCCGUCCGCCGCGGGCGCGGGGACGGCGUGGCGUCGUCCGCGGAGGCCGCCGACGCCGCGCUCCCGGGCCCCGUCUCCAGCUUCGCCGAGCUGGAGGAGAGCUUCGCCGCCAGGGGCCUCGGCAAGGGCGACCUCGCCGCCCUCUCUGGCGCGCACGCGGUCGGCGCCUGCCACGGCUCCUCCUUCGCCGACCGCCUCCGCCCGUCCGUCGCGGCCGCCUACCAGAUCAACGGCACGUACCAGCUGGCCCUCGUCGCGCGGCAGAAGCUGCUGCUGCUGCAGAAUGCGAGCGACUCGGCGACGACGAUGAUGAACAACGUGCGCGACAUGGACCCGGCGUUCCGCGCCGCGUCCAGCUACAGCGGCGUCGGGGUGGACACGGCGGCGGCGGGCGCCCUGGACAACAGCUACUACACGGCCAACCUGCAGAACAUGGUGCUGCUCAAGUCGGACUGGGAGCUCACCCAGGACGAGGACACCUUGGCUCGUCUGGUCGCCUACAGGGACGACGCGGCGAGAUGGAACAAGGACUUCGGCGAGGCCAUGGAAAGGCUCAGCAGCCUGCGGCCGCCCGUGGGGGCGCGCCUCGAGAUCAGGAAGACCUGCAGGCUCACCAACCUGAGUCCCGGACGAGCAGUGGUGCACGCACUGAAAAGCUUCCUAAGAAGACGUUACGAUCAGAUAUCUGGUUUGCUGAAAUAUUUCAAUGCAGGCUUGAUGUAAAUCAGUCUUGAUCAGAUAUCUGGUUUGCUGAAUUUUUUCCUCCUACUAGAAAAAAAGGGUUGUUUGUUCGUUACUACAAAUAUUUAAAAAUGAUUGUGAACAUCCCAGAUAGACAAAUCCAUGAAUAUGUAGCCAUGUAAAUCAGGAUUUGUUUGUUUGUUACCACAAAAAUGACUCUGAACUUUUGUUUACAUCA